AUGGAUAUCAACCAGGUGUUGGAGGGGACCCUUUCUCCCGAUGCUACGAUCCGCCAGAGUGCCGAGCACCAGCUCACCCAGGCCGCCGAAGCUGACUUUCCCCAAUACCUGACCAUCCUCGGUCAAGAACUUGCCAACGAGGCCGCCCAGCCGCACAUUCGAACCGCCGCUGGUAUUGCGCUCAAGAACGCCUUCACCGCCCGCGAUCAUGCUCGGUUACGUCAGGUGCAGGAGCGAUGGCUGAACCUCAACCCGGAGCUCAAGGAAAACGUCAAGCGUCUCGCCCUGCACACUCUCAACACACAAGAUGCCCGCGCCGGCCAGUCCGCUGCACAAUUCAUCGCAUCCAUCGCCGCUAUCGAGAUUCCCCGCAACCAAUGGCCCGAGCUCAUGCCUACGCUCGUCGACAAUGUUGGACAAGGUGCAGAUCACCAGAAACAGGCCUCGCUUACCACCAUCGGCUUCAUUUGCGAGACGGACGAGCACGAGCUCAGGGAGUCCUUGCAACACCACUCCAAUGCCAUUCUCACCGCAGUGGUCCAGGGCGCUCGCAAGGAGGAGGCCAAUGCGGAGGUGCGGCUCGCCGCCGUCACGGCUCUCAGCGACUCUAUCGAGUUUGUGCGGUCCAACUUUGAGAAUGAGGGUGAGCGGAAUUACAUAAUGCAAGUCAUCUGCGAGGCUACACAGGCCGAGGAUGCCCGUAUUCAACAAGGGGCUUGGGGUUGCUUGAAUCGUAUCAUGGCCAUGUACUAUGAUAAGAUGCGCUUCUACAUGGAGAAGGCCCUUUUCGGCCUCACGAUCCAGGGAAUGAAGAGUGAGGAGGAAGAUGUGGCCAAGUUGGCUGUGGAAUUCUGGAGUACCGUCUGUGAGGAGGAGAUAUCCAUCGAGGACGACAAUGCCCAGGCUCAGGCCGAAGGGUCUACGGAGUUGAGGGAGCUCUAUUAUUUUGCCAGAGUCGCAACCCGAGAGGUCAUCCCGGUGCUACUCGAGCUGCUCGCUAAGCAGGACGAGGACGCCGAUGACAACGAGUACAACAUUUCGCGCGCCUCGUACCAGUGUCUGCAGAUCUGGGCGCAAUGCGUCGGUAGUGGCAUUGUGCCUCCUGUUCUUGCUUUUGUCGAGAAGAACCUCCGUUCAGAAGAUUGGCAUUACCGGGAUGCUUCCGUGUCGGCAUUUGGCGCCAUCAUGGAGGGUCCGGAGGAGAACGUCCUGGAUCCCAUCGUCAAGCAGGCUCUUCCCGUGCUUAUCGCCAUGAUGGACGACCAGGUAAUCCAGGUCAAGGAUUCUGCAGCGUACGCUUUGGGCCGCAUCUGCGAAGCAUGUCCCAACUCUCUGGAUGCUGAGCAGCACCUGCAACCUCUGAUUGUGGCCCUGUUCAACGGACUCUCGAGCCACCCCAAGAUGGCGGCUUCAUGCUGUUGGGCAUUGAUGAACCUUGCCGAGCGCUUCGCCGGAGAGCCCGGCUGCCAGACCAAUCCCAUUUCCCCCCAUUUCCAGGAGAGCGUCUCCCGCUUGCUGCAGGCCACUGACCGAACCGAUGCUGACAGCCAGCUACGGACAGCGGCGUACGAAGUCCUCAACUCCUUCGUCACCAAUGCUGCCGGGGAUAACCUCAACAUGGUCGGCGAGCUUUCCACGGUCAUUCUUGACCGGUUGGAGAACUCGAUCAAGCUCCAGUCCCAGGUUGUUAGCAUUGAGGAUAAGAUGCAGCUCGAGGAGAUGCAGACCAGCUUGGUCAGCGUGGUUAUGGCAAUCGUGCAACGUCUCGAGGCUGAUAUCAAACCACUUGCCGACCGCAUCAUGCAGAUCCUUCUGCACCUCCUCCAGACUGUUGGACCCAAGUCAAGCGUGCCAGAUACCGUGUUCGCUGCUGUGGGCUCAGUUGCAAGUGCUCUGGAGGAGGACUUCAUCACGUACAUGGAUGCCUUCGUCCCGUACCUGCACAACGCUCUCGGAAACCAGGAAGAGCCGGCACUCUGCUCCAUGGCCAUUGGUCUCGUCAGUGACAUUACUCGCUCGCUUGGUGAGAAGGUCCAGCCGUAUUGCGACGCUUUUAUGAACUACCUUCUCCAGAAUUUGAGGAGCGCCCAUCUAGGCAACCAGUUCAAGCCCGCGAUCCUACAGUGCUUCGGUGACAUUGCACAAGCCAUCGGAGGUGCCUUUGAGUUGUACCUCCCCGUUGUCGCUCAGGUCCUGCAGCAAGCGUCUACUGUCUCCGUUAAUGUGGAUGGUAGCUACGAGAUGAUGGAGUAUGUCACCUCGUUGCGCGAGGGCAUCAUGGAUGCUUGGGAUGGCGCAAUCAUCGCCAUGAAGUCCAGCGGCAAGACUCAACUCGUCGCCAACUAUAUCGAGUCGAUUUUCCAGCUCCUUCGCGUCAUCUACGCAGACUCCAACCGCUCUGAGCCCCUCAUGCGGUCAUGCUGCGGCGUCAUUGGAGAUAUUGCAGAUGCCUUCCCUAACGGCGAAUUCAGAGACUACUUCCGCGAGGAUUACAUGACUCAGAUCACAAGGGAAACCCGAUCGAACCAGGACUAUCUCGCUCGCACGCGCGAUACUGCUCGGUGGGCGCGUGAGCAGAUCAAGCGCCAAGUCGGUAUGUCGACUCGAUUUGAAAACACAACUUUCUCGGACUUUAUGCCUCCUUUUCCUGCUCAUCCACUAAACGCCACUUCCGUGGAUUUUUCACUUUUCUAA